AUGAGCUCAUUACCAGAUGAACAUUCUCAAAAUGUUCAAGAGCCAAAUAAAUCAGAAUCUUCCCGAGAUUCAUUUGCGCCGUCAAAGGAUCAUCCUCCAGUACACACCUUAGCAAGCAUGUCCCGAAAAAAAAACCAACAUUCCAGUCGACCAAGCUUAGUGAAUUUACGUUCAGCAUGGUCAUCAGAAUUUACACCGAGGUUCGUUUCUGAAUCAAACCAGAUCACCUUACCCGAGCACAGCUUUCAUCUGCAAGAUCAACCAAUUCUCCAAGAGAUCAAACAUCUAGCUCUUGUAGUAAGUGCACUGUGUCUUGGUAAUGCCGUAUAUGUUGUGAGAGCAACAACAUCUGGUGGACUACUAGUAUCAAUACCUGUCGUUGGCUGGGCUAUUUACGUUGUCUGGAUAUUAUUGCACAAUAAAAAAGAUCAAAGAACUCUUCAAUUGGGUUAUUUUGGUGCUAUUGCAACUGGAUUUAUUCAAACAUUGUCAAACUAUCAUUAUAAUAACUACCAUUAUUAUCAUUACUCUCACUAUUCUACUUACGAAUGGGUUACAGUCGGAAACAAUCUUAUCAUCGCAGUCUUAUUUUAUGGAUUACAAAGAUUAUGGUCAGCAAACUUUCAAGGCCGAAAGUCGGUACAGGAUCAUUACACAGUUAAACAGCAAGACGCACAGAGCCAUGUCAAUGAACAUCUUGAAAAAUACACGCAAGAGCAGACAACCUUUAUAAAAACAAUAACCGAAGAGAUCCAAGAUGCAGCCUUGAUGGUAUUAACAACACUCGAACAGUUCUCGCCAUCAAGUUUGUUGACCAACACGCACGAGUUAUUGAAUGCAUGCUCAAUUCCCGUACCAGUAGCAAGUGUGACAGCAAUCCAUACCACAAUACGCCAGGUAUUUCACAUGAGCGCACACCUACAGCUACUAUCACAACUCGUCCGCCAAAAUACACGGGUUGAUUCCGAUGAUAAACAUCUGCAGAGCAGUGUACAACUUUCAUUUGAUGUGGGAGAAAUGGUCCAGAGCGUAGGUGACGCUAUUGCAGGAAUGGCAUCCCAAUUGGAUGUGGGAUUUGUUAUCUACCAUUCAGAUAAUGUUCUUCAUCACGCCACAAUAUUAGGAGAUGAAGAUGCUAUUCAGCACACUCUUAUUAGUUUAUUGCGCAAUAUUCUUGAAGGAAGUACUCCUGGCGCAUGUAUCGAGCUUGGCCUUAAUAUCGUUUCCGUGGACACAGGACUCAAAGUGACAUUUGAGAUUAUUCACACAGUAUCACCUGCGAUUCCACCCGGAUUGAAGGCAACCCUUUUGCCUAAUCCAAACCUGACAACACGACUUAUUCAGUACAUUGGAGGCGAAUUGGUAGUAGAGGAUUUGGGUAAACAGAAAACACGAUUUGAAGUAACUCUUGAAGGAACUAGUCCUGGAAACUCUUUUGAACGACCUCUUGAGCGAAAUUUGAGUAGUCUUCAAUAUUCACGUGAGCCGACCCUUGGUGAACUUGUCGGUUUUAUUGGUCAACUCAAGGGCGUGAAGCUGGUUCUCCAUGCACCUGAGAAGAGCGUGUUUGCAAAGCAUCUGACAAGCUGUUUGGCGAGUUGGAAUACUGACAUUAGUCACAUCCCCAUAUCUCAUUGGGACGAUACGGUGAUGGAACCAGAAAGCGUUGAUACCUCAGUAUCGCAUGACAGCAUCGAGUCAUCUAGCGCGAAUUCGGGCUCUUCACAAACACAAAUUCCUAAAUCUGUUUCACCUUCUGGAUCUCUCCAUUCAAACCAUUCAGCUACUUCUCAAAGAUCGAACACUUCUUCACAAGUACCAUCCCCUGCUCUUGAAGAAGACAACAUUCGGGCUAUACCACCUGCAUUUAUCCUGAUAGACGAUGAUGCUGCUACGCUCAAGGCUAAAUUGAACGAAUUCCGCUCACAGCCACCUGCUUCAUCAUCCACUUUACAAGCUCACCACCAACAGAGUAGACGUAAACACAAAACACAGAUGCCCCACAACUUCUUCCAUCAGGGUACGACUGGUAUAAUCUUCUUCACUUCCUUACACAAUUACCGGGACGUACGUAGCAUCCUGCAAGUGUAUAUUGGGGCGAGCCAACAUCAACUUCCAUUCUCUAUGCCACGCGUUGUAGUUGUACCAAAGCCAGCUGGCCCACGUCGAUUCUUGACGGCAAUCCACACAGCAUGGAACAAUGCGAUUGUAGAACCUCAAUUUUUACCCAUUGCUACUUCUCCUUCUCAUGCACUUGUGAGCGCACAUGGAAUGUCAACACCAGUUCCUGAGAAAGAUGAUGUUAAUACGCGCAUACCUGAUCUUAACGCCAUAGGGACGGAGAUAGACGGUUCCGCCACAAAUGAAAUGAUCGGUGGCGAUGGAGUCAGUGGAGUCAGUGGCGGGAGUGCGGGUGCAGGGUCUCCACCUUCAGAACUCCAACGUCGUGCUAUGGCCAAUAGUGGUGGAUUGUUCACAACAUCAGUUGGUCUUGUGCCUGAUGCUGGAUUUGAAAAGGGAAACUAUUUCUUUGAACCUAUGCACCAGUCUAGUUCAGGGAAAAGGCAUGCACGCGCCCAAAGUGGACCAUUUGUUUCUCCUGGUCGUCGUGCACUUGCUGCGAGUGACAUGGCAUCGGAUUAUGUGACUAUAGGAUCCACCAAUUCAGGGCAAAUUUCAGGACAUAUACAUGGACAGGGAUCUCCUACUGUCGGCAGUCCUCUCAAGCAAACAAUAGCACCUUUAAUGGAAGAUGAUACAACCAAUAACAACAACAGUUUGAAAAUUACCACUGUUGUAUCUAGUCCCGCCAAAAGCACCGGUAGUAGUAACCACAAUUCUGGUCAACUAGGAGAUGCUUCUGUCGUUAGUUUGGUAGCUAAUAAUACCCAGACAAUCGAAGCUGCCCAGACUACAGCCAAGGUGCCUACCAAAAAAUCAAUGCGAUUCAAGAUUAGCAAUCGCAAAAAGAAAGACAAGGGAAAGGGAUCUGGUGUAUCAAGCCCACCGAUCAAGGUGUUAAUUGUUGAAGAUAACAUGAUCAACCAAGCUAUUCUGUCAACUUGGAUGAAAAAACACAAGAUCAAGUAUGAGGUGGCCAGCGAUGGUAGGGAAGCAGUGGACAAAUGGAAGAAGGGUGGAUUUCACUUGGUUCUGAUGGAUAUCCAGUUGCCAGUAAUGAGUGGUAUCGAUGCAACAAAAACAAUAAGAUCCAUUGAAAAGGAGCAAAAGAUCGGAGUACUACCAACCAUUCCCUCCUUUCAUCAUCAACAGAGCCACGACAGUACUUUAUCAGAUACUCUUUCACUCGAGGGGUCAGAAUCUAUGACUCCAGGAAGCUUGCAAGUUCUCCCACCUCCACCUUCACCAUUCAGAUCACCGGUGAUUAUUGUAGCACUAACGGCAUCAUCUCUUGAGUCUGACAGACAAGCCGCGCUUGCAGCAGGUUGUAAUGAUUUCUUGACCAAACCUGUUAGUCUCGAAUGGCUCGAGCAGAAGAUUAUGGAAUGGGGUUGUAUGCAAGCCUUAAUUGAUUUUGAAGGCUGGCGUAAGUGGAAGCAAGCUGCUCAACCCUUGGUAACCGCAGUACCUACGAAAACAACAAUACCGACGACAACAGAAGGAGAAAAUGAAGCGGAAACGACAGUACUCUCUUUACCAAAAGUGGCACGAUCGUCAUCUCAAAGACAGGGCAUUGUUCUGCCAGGUGCUUCUGGAUUAGCUGUUCGCCGUCGUGAAGAUCGAUCGACACGCCGACCAAAUCCAGUCAAACAGGCGUCUGAAAAGACGAGUUUGGAAAAAAAAUUUGAGACUAAAGAGUCAUAG